UCUUCCUCUCUAAAUCAAACCCAAAUCUGGGUUUUUCUUAAACUCAGAUAACUCCUUCGAUACCACUAAAACGCAACAAAAGAGAAACUAAAUCACAAUCUAACAAUAAAACUUCCAUGUCAUCUCUUCUUCCUCUUUCACUUUCUCUCUCUCUUGUCCCUUCCUCUUCCUUUCCAAAUCAAACCUAGAUCUGAGUUUUUCUCAAACCCAAAUGACUCCUCUGACAUCAUUGAAACGCAACAAAGAGAAAUUAAAUCACAGUCUAAAAAAAACCUCAGAUACAUAUUCGAAUUUCAUCAAACCAAGUCAACUCACAUGGAUGCAAAUAAAUAAAAAAGAAACAGUACCGAAUCACCGGAGACUCGAUAUACAGCAAACCAAAACCUAAAUGCUGGCGAAAUCAACACAGAAACUAGCAAGCACUAGUUUAAAGAGAACCAAAAAUUCUAGUUCUAGUUCCAUCAAGACAAAAAAAAAAUAGCAACAUCAGGACCAAAAAUCAACCACCAGAGUUUGGAAAAACAAAACAAAAACCAUGAGUUUGAAAAAAUAGAACAUAAACCACAAGAGUUCAAAAAACCAGAACAAAAAUGAAGCUCGCAUUAGUGGCUAGCUCGUUAGAGGCGAAAGCCCAAGAGAUUGUAAACCACAGAGCCAGAACCGAUCUCGACGCGGCCAAGCCUAUAGUGAGCCUACGACGGCGCAAACCAGCCAUUGUUGUUGCAGAGCCGUGCGGGGGCCAUGACGCCAGGCUUCAAGCUCUUCUUCACAACAGUAUCCGUCGAUUCAAAGGAGAAAUGGCGAGUGAGGAAAGAAGCGGAGGUGGAUGGAGAAAUGCAGUCUCAAGCCCCGAUCUGGAGGAAGAAAAGCCGAUAAGAGAGAGAAAAGAAUAAGAAAGAAAAUUAAGUUUUUAUUUUUUUGUUUUUAGUUUUGAAAAAUUAUAAAAUAAUAAUAAAAAAUAUUAAAUUUUCUUACAUGGAAUUUACACGUCAUUAAAAUUAAAAAAAUCUAGUGAUUUGCUGGCAAGUUAACGUGCCAUCUGUCAUUUAACUGACGGAAGGACCAUUUUGGUACCGAAAAUGAAAGUCUGAGGAUAAUUUUGAUACUUUUUAAAGUGAUUUGCUGGCAAGUUAACGUGCCAUCUGUCAUUUAACUGACGGAAGGACCAUUUUGGUACCGAAAAUGAAAGUCUGAGGAUAAUUUUGAUACUUUUUAAAGGUGAGGGACAAUUUUGGUGCCAAAGUGAAAAGUUGAGGGACCAAAAUGGUACUUAAACCUAAAAGAAACAAAUAACCAAAUAAACAAAAAGAAAAUGAAACAUAACUCACUUU